UAAUAGUAAAAUGGAGGUGCCCGUAUGGCAUGCAUGACUUUAUACAUGUCGACGCUUUAAAACGUGAAUUUCGAUUUGUCUAUAGUUAAUGUACAGCUAUUAAUGCGUCCCUUUGUUUUGUAUUAGAUUUUUAUUAUCAUAUUAGCUUGACGACUACAAGGUCAUAAAGACGUGCAACGCUUCAGGUAAACAUGGUCUUGCCCGUUUGCUACGCUAGCUGGCUGAGCUAGCUUAGCUAGGUCAACUUGUAGGCAAAGAGGAACAUAUUUUUAUUUUAGCUACAGUAGCUACCUCUCUUGUUUUUGCAAACAUUGUACCUAAUAUUACACUAGUAGCUAGGUGAGCCAUGUCUCUGUUGAGAGGGUGGCUGAAGGCUGGGGUGUCUCUUUGCCACUCCACACUACAAACAACCAGACAGAUAGGCACUGGUGUGUGCUGUCCAGUCCGUAUGAAUGCCAUUCCUGAGCUGAAGAAGGUGGACAGGUGGACUGAGAAGAGGAGCAUGUUUGGGGUUUAUGACAACAUAGGAAUUUUAGGUGACUUCAAAGCCCACCCUAAGGAUCUGAUCGUCGGGCCAGUCUGGGUGAAGGGUUUCCGUGGCAAUGAGCUGCAGCGUCUGACGAGGAAGAAGAGGAUGGUAGGAGACAGGAUGAUGACGCAGGACAAACAUGAUAUGGAGAAGAGGAUCCGCUUCCUCUAUCGACACUUCAACCGCUUUGGGAAACAUCGCUGAUCUGAUCUGGGGCUGAGCGGUCUGGCUAACAAUGCUAAUCUACUACUGUACUAACAACCUGCUCACUGGACCACAUUCAGACUCUAAAGAGAGAAAUGUGAGCUACUCAGUUAUGCCACUUAUAUUUAAAUCAGUCCCUUAUUUUCACCAUUUGGUAAGAGGAAGCUGAUUGUACAUUUUCUGUUAAGUUGACAGCUGGAAAAUGUUGGAUUCAUUUAGUAUUGUUAGCACUAAAUCAAUACGCACAUCUGUAAAAUACAAGUUUUGAACCACACAAAAAUGUGAUGCUCUAUGGUCGGUUAAAAUUAUCACAUUGGGGACUAAUGUAAGUCAUGUUGUGGGUAUACCAUGUGUUGUGUAAGAUGAUAAUAAACAGAAGCUCAUUA